UGAUAAUGGAAGAGGAGCCAGUUGAACAGGCUGAUAAUGAAGAAAUAAAAUCAACUGCAAUAGUAAAAUAUUCUUUACCGAAACCAGCUCAGUUUAUGAAAUUACAAUGUAACACUGAUCUAAAUUUGCCUCCCUCAAAUUGGUUGAGCAGCUCAGCAGACUCUUACGGCUUACAACAUGUCCUAUCACAUUCAAAAGGUUUCUCGAGUUUUAAGAUGGCUCAUAUGUUCCCCGACUGCGUAGGAGAAGUUGAUGUGGUGUCUGAUUCGGAGAACAUAAAAAAAUUGCUGAAAAUACCCUAUUAUAAGGGACACAUCAGCAUGAUGGUACAUAGAAUAGAAAACACCCUUCUUCUCGACGACUUUGAUAUCUACAAACACCUGCUUAAAACGGCUGAGACUGAGUGGGAAUGGCUGAGGAAAUUUUUCUUUGAAAAUAUUAAUAGGGCCACUUGUGAAGAGGAUAAGAAUCUGUACAUUAAAAGUCGUAGACGGGAGGCUUUGAGGGAGAAAAGUUUGGUUUCCAAAUUCUUAUAUCAUAGUCUAGUUGAGAGUGAUCUUACAGAAACUAAUGAUUUGGUAGAAGGUUGCAGUUCCCUACCCAAUGAACACCCGCUAUUACCUGAACCUUCUCCUUCUACAGAGUGCCCCGAUCCACCUUCUUCCGAUCAUAAAUACACCAGAAAUGUAGUCUGGACAUUUGAAGACAUAGAAAUGUUAAUCGGUACUGAUAUGCCAAUCUUUGGUGGUGGUACUCAUCCGUGUAUUUCCCUCCGUUUGCGGGACAUGAGCAAACCAAUCAAUGUCUUAACGGGCAUAGAUUAUUGGUUGGACAAUCUAAUGUCGAACGUCCCAGAAGUGGUUAUGUGCUACCACCUUAAUGGAAUCGUGCAAAAAUAUGAACUCGUCAAAACAGAAGACUUGCCGAGGCUGGACAAUUCCAAAUUUUCCCCGAAAUUAAUCAGAGAUGUCGCUCAGAGCAUACUGAGUUUCCUAAAGUCAAACGCUACUAAAGCCGGACAUACGUAUUGGCUUUUCAAAGGCAAGGAUGAAGAGGUAGUAAAAUUAUAUGAUUUAACAAGUCUUUGUUCUGAAAAAGACGUUGAUAACGAACAAAACCCGUUCACAAUACCCGUGGCGAUGUUACUGUAUCGUGUAGCGAGGAAUAUGAAACAUUCCACCGACCGUAUACAACCAGGGACAAUAAGGAUGUUGUUAAAGAACUGUUUAAAACUUUUACCCGAAGAAAAGUAUCCGGAAAUAGUGACUUCUUCGUUAUAUAUGCUGUCUGAUCUGUACGUCCCGGCAAAUACCAAUCCCGAGUCGCCCGGCUUAGACGAACAGGAGCAAGACGAGGAUUCCGAGUCUAUAUACGACGACGACUUAUCGGAAAUCGACCGCAAAGAUCAAGCCACAAAAAUACUCGUACUUAAUAACGGCAGUAUGGAAAAGUUUAAGAAUUACUACAAGCCGCCACCACCAAUAGUAGGGGGAGUGGAAGAGAGAUGUCUACAAGCCCUACAACAUGUAGCGGCCGGCUUGAAUUGCCUCAAAUAUUUUCCGAAGCAAGAUCCAGAAAGUGGGGAAAGGAAGGAAGAGGAAGAAGAGGUUAAAAUGGCGAAACCGUUCGAACCUAUCCCGAUGCCAUACGCGAAACUAAACGAAGAGAAACCCACACAGGAACCCAGCAAAAAGAACAAGAAGAAGGACCGUAAGAAAAAGACUGAGAAAGAAAAGGUGCAAGAUAACACAGCAGAAAAUAAAACAGCUCUAUUAUUGAAGAACAAAAACGAGGCACAACCUUUACCGACGUGGCGGGAGAGUAACCAUAAGAUCUCCUGGAAAGACCACCUGAAAACGCUCCUCUAUGAGAAAGCCGUACUAGUCUACGCCACGCUAUCAGAAUACCAUUUCGUUUGCAGCAACUACGGCUCUUGCUUGAGGACCAUCGGAUUGUUAGCCAGAUGCCAGUUGGUGAUGAAUAAAUUGCAGUACACUUCCAAUGCCUUGCGAGAGAAUUGUCUGCUAGGCCGUGCCGGAGACUGCUGCAUCAUGAUGGUUCAAACGUGGAGCAAAUCAGAGAUAUAUUGCCAGCAACUACACAGCAAUCCAGACGAAGACCUCAAGAUGAUGGAACAGCUCGAACAAGACGAACAAUUUUACAAAAUCGACAUAGGCGAGAGCAAUACCAGGUGCGUCUUCAUCUACGACAUCCGCACUAUCGAACAGAUCCUGCUGAAAGCCAUCGAAUGUUACGAAGAAGCAUGGAAGCUGUCCGAGACCGACAACAUACUGCGGAGAUUGGGGAAUAGCUUGAACGAAGUCGCUUCCUACUACCUGAAUAUGGCCAAGAUGUCCAAGAAAGAAGAAGACAUCAUAUUGAUCUGUAAAAAGUCUGAGCCCUACCUUACUCGUGGCUUGGAGAUAUUCGAGAAAGUGAAGGACGACGCUAAUAUAGCGUUGCUGUACACCAACACGGGGCAUCUGCAUAGGUUGCUGGCCCACGCGAAUACCCCGACGGAGAGGGGGGAGCUUACGCCUCUCGAAAAGUUGCAUUACAACAAGGCGUUCAUCAAUUACAAGAAGGCGUUGCAGGUUUUAGGGGAUAGGAAGCACUGUCCGGGUAUAUGGGACGCCGUCAAGUGGGAGCUCUCCACUGCUUUGUUUAAUAUGGGCUCGAUCAUGCACGAAAAUCCACCCUCGUAUUUGAGCAAAACAGAGGCAGAAAAAGAAGUGAUAGAAACUCUGCAAAAGGCCCUCCAAUACUGCGACUUAGACGAAAACAAUCCAAAAUAUCCUUUGUAUCAGUACAGAGCAGCUAUAAUACACUACCGCAUAGGUACUCUGUACCACAGCCACAUUUGGUCGACUCCCAACGAUUCCAGUAAUAGAAAGAACAUUAUACAAUUGGCGAAAAUAAACUACGAAAAGGCCGCCAAACUCUACUUCCAAAGUUCCGAUCCUGUUAACUAUUUCACCGCGCAGAUGCAGAGGUUUGUGCUGUCUGAAUAUUUAACAGAAACGACAAAUGUUUUAAACACGAAGAUAAAGCACCUCCAGCAUUGUCUGGAAAUAGUGUUAGAGCUGGAAGAGAUGAUAAAUCUUCUGAUUGAAAAGAAAGUAGAAGUUCUCGAUGACAACGAGAAUACCGAGGAAGAGAGCGACAACAAAAAGACCUACAAAACGUGUUUUUCCUUAUUGAAACUUGUGAAACGUCGUUUGCAGCACAUCUUGAAAACCCUGAUCAAAAUUUGUCUAACGAAGCCCCCACCUAAUAAAGACUGCGGUAAAUUGGCAGAGUUGUACAAAGCGUGUUACAAGAAGUCGUUUGAGUUAAAAGAUGAUUUGGAUUAUAAUAGUUUGCUGGAAAAGUUGGGAAAAGUACUGAAAGCGAUUAGAGAAGAACUUGAAUCUUUUAAUACUUAAUAGCUUAUUUUUUAGGUUUAGGAAUUAAUUUAUUUUAAAUAACGAGCGCAUUUAGCUUUCAUCUGAUUUUUUAUGUACAUUAUGUUUUCUUGUUUGUUUCUUUUCAGCGUUGUAAAGUUGCAUUAUACUCUACUGUGAUAAAUA